CGGGAAACAAGGGUAGAGAGGGAAACAGGAACAGAAAGUGAAGACUUGUCAAGAUCUCUUGGUGAGGGGGGGACCAGAACAGAGCAGAAGCCAGAUGCCAAAAGAGAAACAACAGAAGUUUGAGCAGCUGACUGGAUUAGACAGGAGGGGAGAGCUGACCUGCCGCUUCUCAAGUGCCUGCGGGACACACCCAAAUUGAACCACCUCUCUACAGCUGGAAUAAACUAAACCUAAAGCCAAAGGGCAAGAGGACAAGCGAAGACAAAGAACAAGAAAAUAGUUGCUGGAAUGCCAAGCAACAUAAACAAACUUUUCCCUCGUCCAUCAAGAUCAGAAUCAUUGCAACUGGGCAAUUUCAAAGAAUUUGUUACAAACAAAUGAGCUUCUGGUCUUUUGGAUUUAUUUCAAGAAUGCUUCGGCUUUGAAACCAUGUCAUAGGACACUUUAAAGGAAGGAGGCAUACAUGCAGUCACCCUCCAUGCUUCCAGUGUUUCCAGUGAACAUAAACACCACAAGCCUUGAAGGUAGAUAGUGCUAAUUUCAGGGAAACUAUCUAAACUUACUAAUGACUAUUAAUAGAAAUAUCUGACCUGAGACCUGUUGGGCUGGUGGUUGUUUGAUGCUGUGCUGAACACUGAGAGUAAAACUUCAUAUGUUUAAACUUUAAAGCUCCAACCAGAUUACGUAAAAGGACUUUUAUCUUAAAUUAACACCAUAUCUCAAUUAUUUUGGUGUCUCCAGCUGCCUUAUAUGCACAUUUACUGACUUACAAACAAUCCUCUAAAGCAUUUAUUAAAUCUUUACAACUGCCAGACAGACUCAAUUAAAAGGAGCCGCAGCCCUGUAUCUGAAAGCCAUGGAUGGUAAAACAGAAAGCAUUCAGGAUUUUUUCAACCAACUGUGGAGCUUCGCUACAUACAAACACAACCAGGGGGUCUACAACACAAUCUGCCUGGUGGUCCUCCUAACUCUUCCCCUGCUGGUCCUCCUCACUACUUUGGUGUUGUGCUGCCACUGCUGCUGCUGUCGCCAUGCCAACGGCUGCUGCUGCUGUUGCUGCAGCAGAGACACCAUGGCAAUAGCAAAGUCAGAAACGAAGAAGAAAAAGACUUCGGCCAAUACUGACGACUUGUGGAUCUCAGUCAAGACGGGGCCAAUGACACCUGACAGGGUCGACCUGGCCAUGGAGUAAGAGGUCGUUUUUUUAGUUGGAGAUUGCUGAUCCUGGGCCAGUUGGAGCUGAUGGAGUGUCUCAGAAGUCUAAAACUCAGAAUAUAGCUUGGACUGGAGUCUAAAGACAUUGUACAAACUAGCCAAAAUCACAUUGUAAUAGGCACAUAUUUGAUUGAAAAAUGUAAACAGUGUACAGAUUUGUGUAAUUUUGUAUUCAUAUAAUAUCGUAUGAGGAUGAUGUUUACAGCAUUUUGUAUGAGCUUUUUAGUGCUUGGUACAUAAAGGAAGAAAAUGCUCUACAGAGGCAUACACAUAUCUGCAAGUGUGUGUGUGUGUGUGUGUGUGUGUGUGUGUGUGUGUGUGUGUGUGUGUGUGUGAGUGGAGUUAGAGACAGAGAGAGAGAGAGAGUGUGUGUGUGUGUGUGUGUGUGUGUGUGGGGAGAGGAGUUAGAGAGAAAGAGUGUGUGUGUGUGUGUGAGUGGAGUACAGUGUUAUUGAGAGCACUUUGUUCUUAGAGCUCCCAUGUGAAAUUCAUUGCAUCUGUAUUUGGGAGAGAGAGCCAAUUUAAGGUCUGCCCAGUGUUCAGGCGGCUGUAAUAUUGCCUACUUUUCACAUUCAGGCUGCAAUUGAGACUGGUGAUUGACUUGCACUUUGAGGAAGCCACUGACAUUCAAAAAAGUUUAACUCAGGAUGCAGAAAGAAAACUAGAGCUUCUUUAAUUUUGAUUAUAUAUAAUAUGAUACAGUGUAGACUACGAGAGACGCAAAUCCUAGUUUGUUUUUUGGAAGUAUUCAGGUCAAGUGAGCCUUAAAAGCCUGUAUUUAUUCAGUUUUGGAUAUAAGUUAAAUAUAAAAGGUCAAAUUCUUAUAGAAUUUGUAUCUAAUAAAAUCUAUUAAUGAAAUUUCUUCCAACUUAAAAAUGCUUUUAAAUUUAGGAGAGGUCUCUUAAGCUGGUUGAGAGAAGAUCUGAGAUGACUGCAGUACAGAAACAGAGGUGAACGCAUACCUUUUGAGACAUGUUUUUGAGUGAUUAUGGAAAAUGUAAUUGGACAUAAUGAGCACAAUAGCUGAAGCAAUGUGUAUAAGAGUUUUAACCUACUAUUUGAUUUGAUUUGUUACAUUUUUGCAUUUAAAGCGCCGCAAACAACACAAAUUAAGCUGACUAUUAAGCUGAUUAUGUUUGCAAGCAGUUUCCAUGUGUCUUAACUGUCUUGCAUGUCAACGUGGUACUAAAUUGUCUGAUGUACAUUGAUCUCCAGCUGCAGAAUUUCUUUCUUGCUCCAGUUUGGUUUUCUUUUUGUUUCCAUUUCAGCAAAAUUUUCUCAUUAUUUCAUCUAAAUAUAUUAUAAAAUAAGAUUGCUUUUAAUUUCACAUUAAUUGUUAUUGAUAUUAAGUAUGAAAAAAUAAAAUACAAAUAAAAAAUUUGCAGAAUAAACAUAUCACAGAGUAAAAUGUAAAGGUCUUUUAAAACAACUAAUGAAGAAUGUGGAUGAUCCUUGUGUUUGAUUGACUAUUCCAGCUCUGAGCACAUGUGAUUAAUCAUUAAUCAUCCAAUUAAAAGCUGUUCCUAAAGGUUAUUUUUACAGUAAGUUGUUUGAUAAAAGUGUCUCAUUGCUCAGACUCAGAACUUUUUAAAUAGUCUUUAAAGAAUAAAGAGUGAUUCUUUAAAGUUUGAUUAAUACAGGCCCAGGUUUGCUUACAUCAAUAAUGUUAAAUGUUAAAUACAGUAGCAUUACAGUUACACUUAUAACAUUAACAAGUUAUAUGGUCAAAAGAAUUUCUGGCCAAAAGAAUAUUCAAAGCAAGUUUUGAACUUAUUCAACUUAACAUAUUUUUGAAAUAUAGAGAAGAGGAACCCUGAAAUGAACAAAUGAUUUGGGCUUCAAGUGGAUUGUGCCUGAAGGCUCUUUAUUUUUUUAAGUGUAUGACAUCUCAAAGACCAAUUAAGCAGAAGCGUCUCAGCAGUAUCAUCAUCUUUAUGCAUAAGCUUACACUGGCACUAAGUUGAUCUUCUUGCUCAAGCACUGCUGGGAAAACAGGCCCCACUCAUUUCAUUACUGAUCAGACAGAUACAUUCCCAUGUGGAAAUUGGGGUUUGUCACUUCUGCUUCAUGUUCAAGAAAAACUGUACUUGUUGGGCUUAAUUUGAAAGCUUACCCUGCAAAAUAAAAGCCUUGGUAGCAAUGCA